UUAUCUCAUUUCUCGAGCCCCUCGUGUGAACAUCAUCUCCCGCGCCUCAGCGAAGAGGAGGAGACGAGGCGUGCUUAUCUCUCUGUUCGCAUCUCGCCAUUAACCCUCGCCUCUCCAAUGGCGACGGUGACCACCGCAGCUCCCGCCGCCACCAUAUUCCGAUCACAAUCUCAUAGCUCGAGAUUGCGCAGAUGGAAGCAGGGGAGUUUUGUGGAUUUUAGUGCGGAAUUGUGGAAGGGUCACCCUUUGAUCCAUCCCAAGAAGCGUGGAAGGAGUACUUUAGUCUAUGCAGUUGAUCAGGAUGCUGAAAAAUCUUUUAAGAAGACUGUCGAAGCGGACAGACUUAUUGAUAUGCUGAGGGAUUCAAAUCCUAGAGAACUUGAACAACUCGUAGUUGAAAAUAUAUUAGCAUUCAAUGAGGGUUUCUGGAUUCGUCUUGCUGCUAGAACUGAUACAUGCAAAUCAGAUGAUGAUAAAAAAGAUUAUGAAGAAUUGGCCUUGUCAGUCAUGAGCAUAGUUGAUCGCCUUGUUCAUAAGACCAAUGAAAAGAUAGAGUCUGCAACUGAUGUUCUCAAGGCGAUUCUUCAUCCUGUGAUGGAUGAACAUGAAGAGAUUUCAUGGCCUCCAAGAGACCCAGAGGCUCUCAAACUGAUGGAAAAAGAAUUAGUGAGCAGGGAACAAGAAGGACAACUAGAUGAAGGAUUUCUUUCAGAGGUUAAUGCCCAAUUACGUCAAGCAAAAGAAGAUGGAGAUAAACCUGGGCUUGAAGCUAUGUUGCAAAAGGUCUUGCAAUUAUAUGCUUCCAGAGUUCUUCGAAAACGUAGCUAUGCUUACAAAGGUGGAGAAGUGUUGAUGACAGAAAAAUUCCUUGAAUCGAUAAUUGAGGCUCCUGAAAAUAAUUGGAAUAAGUUGUUGCUCGAUGGACUGACAGUUGGCAAGGGGCAAGUUCCACCUGAAGAUCUUUAUUCUGUUAUCAAGAAAAGAAUAGAGAGAAUAUUAAUUCGCACGGAAGGAGGUUCUUACCAACAGCGUAUCCUGAUUGAGUAUCUUAAAGGCAUCCAAUCAAGAGCCGAGGAGAUAGUCAAAGUGCUUCAAGGACCACAACAGUGAUAUUUAAACUAGUUCUCACUUGUCUAUCGGGCCAAUCUAAUUGUCUUGGAGUAGAAUUUGAUGCAUACUAGUAAAGAGACUGAUCUAUAUUGAGAAGACUGUUUAUAUCUUGAUGCAGUUAGGGCUUUCUUUGGACAGCUUAAGCAAGUAAAACUAUAAAUUGGUGUCCAUAUAUAUUGGAUCUAGUGUCAAAGGUGGACAAUUGGAGAGCAUCGAAGAUUAAAUUACUCCCAAUUGUACACUACGAGCUGCAAGCUAUAUCAUCCGGGAAGGGAUCAAAUUAAAGUGAAGAGAGCUUCAAGGUAAAUAAUGUAGCAUAAAC